ACAUCAAUUAACGAACAUAUAUUACAACAAAGGUCGACAUUUGAAAGUAACAAGACCCAGAUUCAAACAGAUCUCUUGCAAAAGACUUAAAGCUGUGUUAAAACACAAAAUAAAAACUGAUAAGCUCUUAAGUUGGCCACCCUGUGAGAUAGCUGUGUACCAUUCUGGGAGAUUUACAGGUAGAUACACCUGAAGAAGGAGGGAGUGAAGUUACAAAAGGCGGGCGCAUUUCAAGUGUUGCCUCACAACGAAACCAGCCGCAGAGAAAGAUGAAGCUGAAGACUAUCUGGCCGGAAGACGGAGCUAAAGUCCUGAAGGUUCUUGGGAUGACAGAGGCUACGGUGAAGGCUGACGUAGCUUCGCUGAAAGAUUGGCUGAGAAAGCAGCCUCACCUCGGACCACUCAGUGGAGUGAAUGAAGACAAGUGGUUGAAGAACUACUUAAUGCUGAACAAGAACAGUGUAGAGAGAUGCAAGGCUAACUUGGAUGUUUACUUCACACUGAGGUGGAUCAUGCCUGAAGUGUUCCAAGACAGAGACAUGAAAUGUGACACGAUGAACCGCAGCUUCGAUAACACAUGCAUUGCGUUCAUGCCCGGCCUGACAGCGGAGGGCCACAGAGUGGUUGUUUACUCCCAUUUCACACCCGACCCAACAGACUUUGUCCUGCAAGACAUGGCUCGUCGCCUCUUGGCCAUCGCGGACCUCGGAAUGUGUGAGGGAGUCGACCGAGCCGGGGACAUCAUCAUCAUGGACCUCCUCCACACUCGAGUGGCUCAUCUUGCCAAGUACAGCUUGAACAUGGUCCGCAACAUGUUCCAGUACGCUUGGAAAGCUUACCCGGAGCGUGUCGCCGCCAUCCACAUUGUGAACCCACCCCACGUCAUGGAGAUGGCGCUAAAUAUCUUCAGACCAUUCGUCAAACAGAAGAUAUUUGAUAGGAUCCAAAUCCACAGCAAUAUUGAAUGUCUGAAGGAACAUAUAUCUCUAGAUCUUCUACCUUCUGACUACGGUGGCCAUGGUCCUUCAUGUAAGGAGAUGAACAAAGCUUGGCAAAACAAGAUGAUUGACUGCAGGGAUCUUCUAAAUACUGUAGCGUCCCACAAAUCCAACGAAAGUUUACGACCUGACGUUCGAAAACAUGUUGACUCCUGGACAACUGACCUCGGGAUGAACGGAUCAUUCCGGAAACUUAGUCUGGACUGAGGCAGAGGUGACAACUGAAGAAAAAUCCUCCCAAAAAAAGACUUCAUUCUCAUUCUAAUUACUUUGAAGACAGCUCAGGACAAGCUUUGAGUAUAUUUAAGAGCGGAGACAAGACAAACUUUAAGCACAAUAUGAAUGCAAGAUGAGUGCAGAAUGGAGUGAGAUGAACUGUGUAGUCUUUAUACUGAUUAAGAUCAGCUGUUUAUUUAGUCGAGGACCAUUUAUUAAAAGCCCAAAGAUCAAGCAGUGCUGGAUCCAGUUUUGAACCAUCUAAAAGCUAUUUAUCAGGAUCAAAAUGGGGAACUUUUGAUUAAUUAACUACCCAUCAACCAUUCAAUUGAAACUUUUACACUUUGAUAGAAACAUUUGUUAAAACUGUAACACAAUUUAAAUAUUUUGAAUUUUGGUUAAAGCUUGGGUUUUCCUAGGUGCACAAGCGGUGUCCACUCUUCUCUUGUCUUAGGUAAUUUAAAGUUUUCUAGAAGAAGAGUGAACUGCCACUGGACAAGAUCACUUCUCCGCACUCCGCUUCCACGCCUAGCAAAACCCAGCUUAAGAGCAUUUCUUAAACAAAUCUCAGAAUUCAAGCAAAACUAAUUUUCAGUAGUACAAUUGAAUUAACUUAUGUGUUAAUGUAGCCUACAUUUUAUUAACAUACAUUCCGUAUAGUACUGUAAUAGUUAUCAGUAAAAUCUAAAAAAGUAUUGAGUUUUAAAAAUUUCCUAUGAAGUGGAAAGAGUCCCAUUAACUGACCCAUAUACUAUAUGCUACAACUAACCCAUUAACUGUCCCAUUAGACUGCUCAAGGCAGAGAGAUUGUAUUUGUUUGUUUUAAAAAAUCCAACAAGACUGUUGAAGUUUUGAGCAAUAUUUUUAUAUACCAUGUUCAAUGUUGUUUUAUAUAACAAUGUAUAGUUUGGAUGAGCUGAAGUAGAACAUAGCGACCGCCAUGAGUACUAAAAUUAUGUUUUUUUACAUAUUUUAAACUUGUGAGUCUUAUACAUAUGUGCGGAAAUAAAUAAGUAGUUUUUUUACGCAGACACAGCCUAUUCCCAUUAUACAAUGGGUCAACGGCCAAGAAGAUGGUAAUAAGGUAAUAAGGUAAUGCUCAAAAUAAUAAAAUUUAGAGAUUAUAAAAUGUGUUGGUUUGGUAUUGUUUCCAAUUUCCUUCUCGAUGGAAACUGAACCUUAAAACCUAUAAAUAGUUUUUAUUUUUAUUGAAAUCACAAAAUAGCAUAAGCCCUUUAUGAAAUAACCUUAGAUUUAAUAAAUGAGAACUUAAAAACCAUGACAUUCGGUACUAAUACUAGUAUGUGAUAGUUAACAAUAACCAUAGAUUUUGUAAUUGUUUGACAAUAAAUGAUUUUUUAUUUAUUUGAUGAUGUAUUUUCUCGUUUUACAAUGAUUAUUGUUUUGUAAAUAUUCGAGUUAAAAAGUAAAU